AGCUUAUAACGUAAACAAACAUGGCGGAUCCAGCACAAAAUGAAUUUAUACAACAAGCUAUCAAACUCACACAAAGCUUACGAUAUUCUCUGUCAAAAACAUUGGAAAGGGUUGCUCACCCAGCGGAUGAGAGCAAGGAGGAAAAUGAAGGCGACUAUAUAAAUUCUGUAAAGGAAGGAUUGAUCUCUAUUUCUCAGGAGAUUGAAGACUUGGAAAAACUUGCAACUAAACUAAAACCUAUAAAUGGAGUUUAUGCAUUAGGAAGUACCCUAGCAUUCGGUUUGGACAGUUCACAAGAAAAAAAUAAACACUAUCAAGAGCUUAACAAAAGUUAUAGAUACUUACAGAAGGUAAAUAUACACUCAAACACAUCUUGGCAACAUCUUCAACAAAAUAUGGGACAACACCGAAGAAAUUAUGUCCCAAAAAAGAAAAAAGUUCAUCAGCUGGCUACAAAUCGACAUGAAAAUUUAUCCGUCAUUGUUGCCACUGUCCAAAGAAAUCUGCCGCAUACUGCUUUAAGUGCAACAAAGACAGCAGAUAAUUUUAACGUUAUCCAAAUGACUCAAGGAAAAGUAUUCAAAGCUGCGAUUGCCCUUCGUGGAACAAAUAUUGAAUGGAUUGUUGUUAAAGCUUCCAAUGAAAAAUUACAUAACGAAAAUGGCGAAUUAGAUAUGUGGGGGCAGUCCAAAUACGAGGUGUUUAGAAAGAUAACCGAGCAAGCGGAAAUUGCUGCAAAUAUGAUGUCCGCUAAUGCAAAUGAAAUUGCACUACAGCACUUAUUAAAGUGGCUCCAUGGUUACCAUAAUAUUUUUACGGCCAAAUGCUCUAAAUGUUCUAAGCAUUUAAAACAGAUGCUACCACCAGUUAUUCGAGAAUUUCGUUCUAAUGAUAUAUUCCAUGAACAAUGUAGAGCUUAAUACAUAAAAUAUUACUACUUUUUAAUUUGUAAAUACAAAACCCUAUAAUGCAUUUAUAAACUGAUUCUAAUUUUAAGUGCAAAUGUUAAAAAAUGCAAAAAAAUAUUUAGGGGUUUGGGGGGAAUUGGAAGUCAACAACGGCUAAAUGUAGAAAAUAACAAUACAGAAUUUUAUUAAAGCUGCAGUCAUUGAACUAAACAAGACAUAUACAAAGAAGAAUCUUUUAAAAAACAAAAAAACAGCUUGACAGUAUAAAGGUCGAUAAAAAAACAUAUUUAAAAAAAAAAGAGGGGAACAGAAAAACUUGUUCACGGCUUGAACUUGACGAGCGGUACCGUUUUAGUUCGUAUGCAAUCUUCACAUGCCCAUUCGGCGUAUACUUCAGUUGUCAGUAACUGGUAUGCUCGCUCUGUCAAACCUGUACAAAUUCUAUGAAACCAAAAAUUACAUCCACUUUCACACAAUAUAGCAUGCUCGUUCUCUGUAACUUCUUUAUGACACACUCCACAGGGAUAUAUCGGCGGAGCACUAGGAUUAGCCGGAUUUGCUACAACUGGCUGUCCAGGGGGAUAUAUUUUGCUCAUAAUGCCCAUCAUUCCACCCAUAGAGGGAGGCCCAGGAGAUAUCCCUUGAGGGGGGGGACCAGGCGAGAUUCCCUGAGGAGGACCAGGGCCCAUGGACAUAGGCGCUCCAGGACCUAAAAUAUCCAUACUGUGACUAUGAUUUGGCAUUGGAGGUCCUUGCAUUGGCAUCCCCUGCAUUGGGGGACCACCAUAAGAUGGACGCCAGUUUUGGUUAGGUCCCAUCAUCAUUCCUUCAUCCAUGGGGGGCAUCAUACCAUGUUGAGGACCUGGUCCUGGGCCAGGUCCCAUGGGGCCACCCAUAUGUGGCGGAGGUGGACCACCCAUUCCAGGUCUAGGUGGCCCGAAUUCCAUCUGAGGUCCCUGCAAAAAAAUAAUUUGGAAUAAUAUAACAAUAAUAAUAUAUUUUUUUACUAUUUAAAGACAAAGAACUAUUUAUAUUUGCAAUCAUUACAAAUGAGUGGUUUCAUUGCUGAGUUUCGAAAUUUUUGUUCUCUCUAAACUCAGAUGAAAACCACUUCAAGCUUUCCAAUUUCAACAAAAUUUAAGUCAUUAUAAAAAUAUUCCAUCAAAAAUUAAAACAGCUGGUGCAGCUCUUUCAAUAUUUGUGAAGGAAUCUUUAUCCAUUUAUUAACUCACAGGCAUAAAUCCGCCAGAAGGCAUCCCAGGGUCCCAACCGGGAGGACCGCCCGGUCCCGGACCAGGUCCUGGAUGCAUAUUUAUCAUAUUCGGGCCCAUCACUCUCUUCAUCCCAAAGUCCACAUCGUGGGGCGGCAUUGAAGGGGCGGCUGUUUAAGUUUAAAUUUCAAGCAUUAUACGGAAAAGGUAAUAGGUUUAUUAACCGAAGGCGAACUGUUUUCAUUUACAUAAGAAAAAUACAUUUUUCAAGAUCUCAGCUCGGUAAUCGAUUAUUUAACUAAAAGCAAAUGAAAAAUAAUUUUCUGGUAUAAACCCCGACCUUUUCUUUACAGAAACUUCGGAUUUUACGCAAAAAGAGUACUUUACAAAUAAAAUCAAUACACAACAAUAAUAUGAGCGAUAAUUUAUGCAUUUAGUACCGCUUUAUUAUACCCACUUUUAUUGGCCGCCUUUUUCUUUCUCUCUCUCGGCAUCUGUUACCUUGCAUCUAGUCUUGCCACUUUAAUCAUUAUUUUGUUUUACAUACCGGUUUAAAAACGAAUAUAAAUAAGAAAAAUGAAAUCAGUAAACUGAAAUCUUCAACGUUUGAAGGAAGGAAACGACAAGC